CCGCGGGCAGCGCUGCGACAUCGACCGCGCCACCCGCACGCGCUGCCAGCACUGCCGCCUGCAGAAGUGCCUGCGCCUCGGCAUGUCCCGCGACGCCGUCAAGUUCGGCCGCAUGUCCAAGAAGCAGCGGGACCGGCUCCAGGCCGAGGUGCAGGAACAGCUGGAAAAGCGGGAAAACCGGGAAAAAAACCGGGAAAACCGGGAAAACCGGGAACACCGGGAACAGCCGGAAACGCGGGAAAACCGGGAAAAGGGGGAAAAAUGGGGAAAAGGGGAAAAGCGAGAGCAGGAACAGGCGGCCCCGGGGCCACCGGAGCCCCCCCCGGCGGGCCGCUGUCCCCCGCUGUCCCCCGCUGUCCCCGCGGGCUGUCCCAGCAGGGCGUGGCCCGCGGAGGAGGCGACAAAGCGGGGACAGGACGGGGCCAGCGCGGGGCCAGCGGGGCCAGCGGGGCCAGGGCCGAGCCCUCACCCCGGUGCCGGCGGCGUCCCGGAGUCACCCGCGGGCCUGGAGAUCGAGCUGCUGACACAGAGUGUCCUGCUGUCACACCGUGCCACGUGCCACCCCCGCGCCGAGGACCUUGAGGGCCACCGCUGGGCCACCUUCAGCCGCGAGGAGAUCUGCGCCUACCAGAGCCAGCCCAUGGCGGAGAUGUGGCAGCGCUGUGCCCGCCGCGUCACCGAGGCCAUCGAGCGCGUGGUGGAGUUCGCCAAGCGCCUGCGGGGCUUCCUGGAGCUCAGCCAGCACGACCAGAUCGUCCUGCUCAAGGCGGGUGCCAUGGAGGUUGUCCUGCUCCGGAUGUGCCGCGCCUUCGACGCCGCCACCGGCACGGUCCUGUUCGAGGGCAAACUGGCCGGGCCCGAGCUCUUCCGCUCGCUGGGGUGCCCCGAGCUCGUCGCUUCCAUCUUCGACUUCGCGCGGGGGCUGAGCGCGCUGCGCUGCUCCGAGAGCGAGCUGGCGCUGCUCAGCGCGCUGCUGCUGCUCAACGCCGGCCGGCCGUGGCUGCAGGACCGCCCGCGGGUGGCCCGGCUCCAGGGACAUCUGGAUGUCGCCUUCCGGCUCCUGCUGCGCCGGACCCGCCGCGAGGGGCUCCUGGCCAGGCUGCCCGCCCCGGGCCGGCUCCGCGCUCUGUGCUCGGCGCACCUGGAGCAGGUGCAGGCUUUCCGCCGCCUCCACCCCGCGGGGGUCUCGGCCGCCUUCCCCCCGCUCUACCGGGAGCUCUUCGCCCCCGACCCCGCCGAUGGCCCCGCGGGGACCCGCUGAGCGCCACCCGGGGACCGCCGGGACCUCCGAGACCAUCCGUGACCCUGCUGAGCGCGACAUCGGGAUCACCGGGACCCCCGGCAUCACCGGAAUUACCGGGACCCCCGGGAUCACCGGGAUAACCGGGACCCCCGGGAUAAC